GCCCCGCGCCUGUACGGGGAGCGAGGGCUGGGGGCAUUUCCCCUUGUGAGCAGCCCCCUCCGCUCCCCGGGCAGCGUCGCCUCUCCAGAACCCUCACGGCAUCCUACCGAAUCAUAAAAUGUUCAAGGCUGGAAGAGACCUUAAACUACCCCUAAACCACAUCACCCUGAGCCAGAUCCACGCACCUCUUCAACACCUCUAGGGAUGGUGACUCCACCACUUCCCUGGGCAGCCUGUUCCAAGGCCAGAUCACCCGAAUAGUGAUUUUUUUUCCCCCUGAUAUCUAAUCUGAAUGUCGCCUGUCCUGCGCCUGCCGCAUUCUCCCGCGCCCCCUCCCCUCACGCAGCCGCCAGCAGCUCCUCGCUGCUCCCCCGGCGCUGCCCCUUGCUCCCAGCCUGAGGCGGGCCGUGCCCGCAUCCCUGCCCCUCUUAUCCCACCCUUGGGAACCCGGGCCAGUGCAGCCCUUCAGAGACUUGGGCAGGACUCUCGGAGCCACAGAAUCGCUGAGGCUGGAAAGGACCUCUGCGGCCAUCGAGUCACUCCUGUGACCGAUCACCACCGUGACAACCAGGCCCUGGCACUGAGGGCCACGUCCGGACAGUCCCUAAACACCCCCAGGGACGGUGACUCCACCACCCGAGCACUCAGCCUGAGUCCUGCUGUGUUGGCAGAACCCGGUGCCACAGAAUGUCCCUGCCGUGACUGCGUGUGCCAGGGGCCGAAGGUGACAGCAACGGGAGGGGUGCCGUGGCAGUCUGUCCUUCUGUCAGCAGAGUUUGCUCUGCUCCCGGAUGGAUGCCAGGGGGCCGCCGAGGUUCCUGGCUUCUCGGCUGCGAUGCGGCCACGACCUGGCUGCUGCUGCCGGCCGGGCACGUUAGGCCCUGGUUCACCACAGACCCUCAGUCUGGGACAAAGGCUUGCUGUUCCUGGAGUUUGGGAACCUGUGCCUAAAUCUGUACCAGUGAGAAGAGCAGAGGAUGCGUCUACCCGAGGAAGGGUUGGCAGAGGUGUGUCGAGUCUGUACCCAUCCAAGGGACACGUCUCUCCUGUGCCCUGGCAAACGGCAGUGAUGGCUCUGUCUGUCCUGCACAGGCUGGGACAGGCUCAGCCUUGCUGAGUGCCUAAACCUGCUCACUAGUUUUGAAAGUGAAUCAGGUUAAAACUGAGGAAAAAAUAUAUAUUUUCCAUUACCAGUCAAAAAUAAGAAAUUCUGACCUCCUAGAAAUGCUGGAAGUUGUCCAUUUGCCUUGCGUGGGAGUGCUCCCAAAGCAAGCAACUGGUUUUCAAAAUUAAACGCAAUGCUGACUGUAUAGUCUUUCAAAGUUGAUAGUGUAUUUGUUGCUAUUGCUUAAGCUGCAGUCAUUGCUGUUUCAACAGCACUGUGUAGGUAUUGUUUUCUGCCAAGACCUCUUCAACAGUGCACCUUGAAAUUUCACUUCUCUGAAGUCUGGAGUGCAAAAAUAAAUUGUUUCUAUUUCAAAAGAGAAACUUUAAUUUACUCCCACACAAUAGUCCUGAGGAAGAGGUAGAUCCUGGUAACAGCAGAAAUGUGCAGAGGCCGCUGCAAGGCACAGGAGGAGAGUGUGCCAAAGUCUUUGGAAGCAGGUUUCUGUGAAUGCACAAGCAUUCAAGAAAGAAGCCCAUUUCCCAAGGAACCUGGGAUGCUAAAGUCACUGGGAGGUUUUCAAAAGUAGGUUUGGUUUGUAAUCUGUGACACAUGGAAACAUUGGAAUAAAGGUUUUGUGUCAGACAUUCAUUUUAAACCAGUAUUUUACCCCAACACACCUUUCUAAAAAUACCUGAACACAUGUGGCUGAAGUAAAGGAUGUAGUCAAUAUUUUAUUGA